AUGGAGAGCUUUGAUGAUGUUUCUCUUAUCGGACUAGUGUCCCAGGAUACACCUUUCCACGAUGACCAUCUCCCGAUUCCAUGCCCUUCAGAUCCGAAUUUGGCGAAAGAAACCACAGGGGGACCAACUUCGACCCAAACGACAAGCAUCAGAUCGUCUUCGCAGAUAGAGCGCACCGAUGAUGCUGGAAUAAUCGAUGACGCCUCCGUCGUGUCGGAUUUCCCGUUGCCGCACAACCCGCUGCCUGGAGCUCAGAUUGAGGAGGAAGAGGAAGGGGACGGGGAAGACGAGGAGCCGCAGGUGGCAACUUCCUUUGAGCGACUCUCCAGUGCGUCCCUACUCUGCAGUACGUUCCUACUCAUAGUUGGAAUCUGCUGGGUCUCUGGCUCUGUGUCCACCGCCCCCGGGUUGGUGUCGCCGAGCCCUAGUACGUGGUCUCAUAUGUGUAGACUUCAGUUUUAG